AUGAUGAUUAGCAACGGCGGUUGCACAAUCGCUCCCCCAAGCGAGAUAACUAGUUUCGAUGAUGUUCUGGGACAUAGAGGCGUCGUUUCGAGGCUAAAGAGAGCUGCACGUCGGUCCGGGAGGGUUCAGAAGGGCCCGCGCCUAACAGCCGUCUUAGCAUAUCGGCCGCCAGGAUCUGCCCUUGACGGGCGGAGCGCGGAAUGCGCCGGGGUGCGACGUGGCCGGUCGUUGACUGGGCGGGCGAACGAAACGGCGCGAUUAGCGGCCAAUGCAAUUGUCCGCAAAGGAGGAACGUAUCACAACACGCGUGAAUCAGCGACGCCGCGCCAUUUGCGGAAGGCCGUUUGC